CUAGGGAAGUCAUCACUACGAUCCUGCCUGAAGACAUCUUUGCUAAACUGCCAAAAGGUACCCGAAUGGAAGUCUGCAUCAGUGCAUCUCUUCCACUCACCCCUCUGGACGUGGAUAUAUUCGAGUUAAAAGGUGAAAAGUGGAUUACAGAAUACGCAACUGACAUUACCAGGAAGGAUGAAAUAGGUCGUAGCAUGCUCCACCAAGCGGCCAUACUUGGAAAUAGAACUGUUGUCAGUUUAAGUCUUAAAUCUGGCUGCAAUGUAGAUGAUCCAGAUAGUCUUGGAAACACUGCUCUUCACUAUGCAGUAACAUCAGAGCAAAAUAGUGCGUCUGUGUCUAGGCUGCUUAUUGAAGGAGGAACAAACAUCGAGGUGGUUAACAGAGAUGGAUACACACCACUACACCGUGCUGUCGCUAAGAAGAACUUGGAGAUAGUUGAACUCUUUGCAGAAAAGUUUGGAAUGGAAGAGAGCAAUCCUACAUCCAGCAACCCUACAGACAUAUCAUAUCUUACAAAACUCAUGGUCAAACAUGGAGCAGACGUCAACGCUCUCAACAAAGAAAAGCUCACACCAUUACAAGUGGCUGCUUCGUGGCAAAGUUUUGAUGUUGUGGCAGUUUUACUUACUGAAGGCGCGGACGCGAAUGUUGUCGAUACAAAUGGUCAAACACCACUGCACCAUGUAUAUGGGUCAAACCAGAAAACUGGUGCAGUUACUAAGACAUACAGACUAAAGGAAGCACUUGGAAUAAGUCAUGUUGGGUCCCAAUCUGUAGUUACAGAUGAACCUGAUAAUGAUGGAGCUAGUGAAGCUCCAUCUUCAAAGUUAAACAUACCAGAUAGUGCAGGUAAUACUCCACUCCACAGUGCACUCACGGGAAACUUCACACAAGGAGCUAUCACUCUAGUGAAAGCUGGGGCAAGUGUAAAUACCAAGAACAAUAUAAUGGAUACACCCCUCCAUACACUUGCGGGAAAUACAAACACGGAGAUUACUAAGAGCGAAAAUAAUGCCGUGAUAAAGGUUAUUGAAUGCAGCAGAGAUGUCGAUGUUAAAGAUAACAGUGGUAAUACACCACUAAUGCUGGCUGUCGAGAUGAACAAAGACAUCUCACCACUGCUCAAAGCUGGAGCGGAAGUCAAUGCUAAAAAUAAACAUGGCGGUGCAUCACUAAUCAUAGCUGUUCAAAGGGACCAUGUGAAAAUGGUAGAAACAUUAAUAAAGGCCGGAUCUGAUGUGAACACGAGCAGUGCACAUGGUGAUACAGCUUUGAUGAUAGCUGUAGAGAGGGGAUGUGAGGAAAACGUUUCAGCAAUACUCCAAUGUGGGGCAGAUGUAAAUGCUUCCAAUACCUGUGGUGAAACAGCGCUCCACAAAGUUGUUAAGCAUGCAAUAUCAAAGCAAUGUAUGUAUGUACAUGCGAGAAGAAACGUUGAGGAAAAAGGUAAAAGACCUUCAAGUCCAUUCAAUUUAAGUCAUGAUAUUGCAGACAUUGUUGAAACUCUUCUCAAAGGUGAAGCCGACAUCAAUGCCAAAGAUCACAAAGGUCAAACACCUCUGAUGACUGCUAUAGAGGGAAUUUCAAAGGAGAGAGAGGGAGAAAUUAACCUUAUCCCACAAUUAAUUGCUGGGGGAGCUAAUGUGAACGCUCAAGAUUCGGUUGGUCAGACGCCCCUGAUGAUGGCUGUAAAAGCCGGAUAUGAUAUAUCACCACUACUUAAAGCUGGGGCAGAUGUCAUUUCAAAGAACAAAUCUGGUAAAACAGCGCUGCAUCUUGUCUAUGAAUACUAUUAUUUCCCUCCCAUAAAAAGAACCUCAAUGUGUUUCGACCAUGACAAGGAAAGGAAAAACAACAACGCUUCACAACUGAUUGCUGCUGGAGCUGACGUCAGUGCUCAAGAUGAUAACGGUAACACGCCCCUGAUGAUGGCUGUAGCAGCAGGACAUGAUAUCUCACUACUACUCACAACUGGGGCAGAUGUCAAUUCAAAGAAUAAAUCUGGUAAAACAGCACUGCAUCUUGUCUCUGGAAAAGGUUAUGGCUUUCACACAACAGUCAUCCAGAAACUGAUUGCUGCUGGAGCUGACGUCAGUGCUCAAGAUAAUGACGGUAACACGCCCCUGAUGAUGGCUAUAAACGCAGGAAGUGAUAUCUCACUACUACUCACAGCCGGGACAGAUGUCAAGUUAAAGAAUAAAUCUGGUAAAACAGCACUGCAUUUUGUCUCUGAAAACGGUUGUGGCUUUGACACAAUUAUCAUCCAAAAACUGAUUGCUGCUGGAGCUGACGUCAAUGCUCAAGAUGAUAACGGUAACUCGCCCCUGAUGAUGGCUGUAAAGGAAGGACGUGAUAUCUCACGACUACUCACAGCUGGGGCAGAUGUCAAUUCAAAGAAUACAUCUGGUAAAACAGCACUGCAUUUUGUCUCUGAAGGCAAUCGUUCUUUCCGUUCUCAAAAGCCAAUCAGUGUUCACCAUCUGAUUGCUGCUGGAGCUGACGUCAAUGCUCAAGAUAAUGUUGGCAACACAUCUCUUCACAUGUGUAUAAUGUAUAAAGAUUACCAGAAUGCCAUGGUAUUAUUGAACAAUCCAGGGACUGACGUCAGUAUUACAAAUAGAUCUGGACAAUCGGUGUUGCAUCUGGCGGACGCGGACGAAGGGUUUCCAGGGAUAGGGGAACUACCACAAACAUAUCAUUUUAUACGUCAAUAUUCCCAGUAUCAUCUGGAGUAUACGAAAACAGAACUGGUACGGGCAAUCCUCAGCAAGAAUCCCGAUCUCCAUGCUCAGGACAAACAAGGCAGAAACCCUUUGGAUAUUGCAAAAACGUCAAGCGACAAAUUGCAUGAGAAAUUUCGGAUGUCAAAAGCUAAGCGUUUAUCAACAAAAACUAUAGAGACAUUCAAGCCGAGAGACAGCACGAUCAGCUUACCAAAAAAACUUAAACAAUAAGUCUGGAGUUUUGGUAUAUGUUCUACCAAAAUCAUGCGAUUGUUGCAGACAGUAAUCGUUUCAAUGAUGUGACAGUUUGUGUACAUUUAGCUGUCCUUACAAUUUACUGCUGAUUAUCAAACGUGCUUUAAAAGAUAAAAGAUGAAUGAUUAG